AUGUCGGCGGAACUACUAGUUCUGUUAUCUGUAGAUUUCAUUCAAUUACUAGAGGCCGCCGAUGAUUUUGACGUGCUCAUACGAGUUGGAGAGCAAAAAAAAGAAUUCAAGGCACAUUCCAUCAUUCUCCGAACUAGAUCAACCUAUUUCAAAAGUGCCUUGGCCGAUCAGUUGGUUGAAAAAGAAGGGAGCUUUUAUGUUUUCCAGAAACCAAAUAUAUCUUCCGAAACAUUUGCAAUUAUUCUCAGCGGAACAGUAAAGCUAGAAGAGGUUGAUUGGUCUUACAUGACGGCUCUUUUAUUGGCCGCAGAAGAGUUGUGUCUGAGUCAGUUGCUUGACUAUACACAGAAUUACAUUGUUGAAAAUGGAAUAAGUUGGAUGCGGAAUAAUUUAUAUAAUAUCAUACCCACCAUCUUCGAAAAUGAUAGCUUUGAAAUACUUCAGCAAUGUUGUGUAAGAAUAAUUUCCCAAGAUCCUCCCAAGAAACAUCGACGCUACUUUACCCAAUGGCCAGAAAAACUACUGUUGGCAAUGCUAAAAUGUGAUGAUCUUCAACUUGAAGAAAUUGAUGUCUGGGGUGUGGCACUGAAAUGGAGUGCAUCACAAGCACAAAUAUUACUUAGAAAUGUAAACCAGUGGAGUGGUGAAGAACUCUCGAGAUUCUCCAAGAAACUAGAGAAUUGUAUUGAAUACAUUCGAUUUUAUCAUAUUUCCGGCGCCGAUUUUUAUCACCAUGUUCGACCGUUCAAGGAGGCGUUUCCGAAUAAUGUGUAUGAAGAAAUAUUACGUUUUCAACUCACAAGAGAUACUUUAUCAAUCUUAUCAUUAGUACCACCACGAGGCAUCGUCCUAGAUUCUAACAUUAUUGGAUCACGUCACGCGGCAUUAAUUUCAAGUUGGAUAGAUCGUCAAGAAACUUUUGAUGGUUCUUGCCAGAUGGUGUCUUACCAUUUCUCUCUUUUACUCCGGGGUACACGAGACGGUUUUAAAGAACAGAAGUUUCAUGAACUUUGUGAUAAUCAAGGACCCACCUUGGUUGUGGCAAAAGUUAAAGGUACUGGAGAGCUGAUUGGAGGAUAUAAUCCGGUUGGAUGGAGUUCUUCAGGACUUUGGAUUGAAACCACGGAAAGUUUUAUAUUCUCCCUGGGUGAUGGAUUAGACCCUAAACUUGGACAAGCCAUAUUGAGUAGGGUGCAAAAUACAAAGUGUGCAAUUGACGAUUCUCCAUGUAUUGGACCAUGUUUUGGAAUUACAGAUUUGGUAAUGGUGGCUUCUUUCAGUCAUAGGUUGGGUCAGUUUAUCUACAAUCUUCCUUGGACAUGUCAACAAAAAUGUUAUGAGUUGCAGGUUACCAAAGAUACUAAUUUUGCAGUCGAUGAUUACGAAGUUUUCCAACUUACAAAAAAAGAAUACUUCACGGAAGAUUAA